UGGUUGACGUGCGUGACACAAGCUUGACACUUGAAAUAUAGGUUAGGUUAUUCAAAAUAUAACGAUAUAACCUUUUUGUUUGCUCGUGAGGCACGAGCCCACCAUAAAAACGUUUUUAUUCACUGUUGUGGUACUAUUACCACGAAAAUGAGUACUUCUUUGGCGGAACAGCUCCAGCGGUUGGCUGUCCCUCAAAUAUCGGCAUUAAAAAGGGACAAGAAACGGCCAUCACUUAUAUUCGACGCCAAAGAAGCAGCGGGAUUAAAGAGAGAAACAGUUUUUUACAUCGGUUCAGAAGGAUUAGAAGAACUUAUAAUAAAAAAUGAAGCAUUCGAGAUCUUCCGGAAUACUUUAUUCCAUAUCACAUCCAAAAAUUUUGAAAGAUCAACUGUUGUAGCAGAGGAUAAUGAAAAGCUCAAUAAAAACAUAAGAAAAUUCUUAUUUCUUCUCUCACCAUAUUUUCUGAUGGAUUGCACUCGCAAAGCAUUAGAAUGGUUGGUAUGUAGGUAUUCAAUCCAUGAGUAUAACAGAAAUGACCUCCUUAUGCUGGCAUUACCAUACCAUGAGUCUAACUUCUUUGUAAGAAUUAUUCAGACAAUGAAAUUUGAAGAGACUGAGAACUAUUCAUUUUUGAAGCCACUUCAAAAAACUGGUGUACAUCUUCCAAAACAAAGUUUACUGAACCAUGCUGCUAGUAAUUGUGCAUUCUUGAAGCAUGUUGGAAAGUACAUCCUUCAAUUAAUCAACCAACACUCAAACCCAAAUGUUCUCACUGUUGCAUUCAACUUUUACUGCUCAGUAUUCCUUGGGAGCAUAGAAUACACACAAAAAAUCAAUGAAGACCAAGUUUCUAUGAUGCUACCUUCAUUGCUCAAAGGUCUCAAUUCAAGCAUCACUGAUUUCUGUGCAGCAGCCUAUGUGAUAACAGCAAGGUUGGUUACAAGAGCUGCCAUUUCAAAUAAACUAUUGGAGAAGUUUGUUGAAAAAAUAAGUGAGGUAAAGGUAGAAGGAUUAAAAACAGAAGCAACAUUACUCUUGGUAGUUCUUUAUCAGUCUCAGAAUCAGUGCCCAGAUAUUAGCCCUGCAGCAGUUGCAAAUCUAGCAGAAAAGCAGUGGCUUCCUAGUGUUUUGCAAACCUUGAGUAAAUCAGGUGCCUUCAUUGUACCAUUUUUACGGAGGUUACUCUGCAGGGGAAUCCAUGAAGGAGCUCAUAAUGACUUGAAGUUGGUUAAAGAAAUGGUACAAAAUUGUCUCAAUAAGAUAAAGUUGGAUGAGGAGUUUGUGCUGACAGUUAUAAACUCUCUCUUGGAUGCAAUGUAUCCCAAAGCCAACUUAACGCAUACUGUUCAGUACUGGCUAUCUGAGAUACUCCAAACCAUGGAGAGGCAGUACCCAACUUACUUUGAUAAAGAAGUUUGUCGCAUUUUGUCACAAACGUCUUUGUCGGACGAACAUGCUAAAAAGAAAAAACGUUGUUUGUCCAAGAUACUCAGUAACACUGAACACUACAGGGGGAAAGUUGACAUACUGCAGAAAUUAUAUCAUGCAAAUCCCGAGAUCAGGGGCCAAGCUGUUAAAUAUCUGAAGAAUAAUUACUCCAAGUUGCGAGAUAGUGAAAAGGAGUUUGUAAGAACUUCCUUCGUUGACAGGUUGAAUGAUGAUCAUGUGAAUGUGGUAGCUGAUACUAUUGUUGUUAUAUUAAAAUCUGAAGUUAUUGAUGUAAAGUCCCUGAAAAAUGUUUGGAUUGAUUUAGCGGCAAAGUGUCGUAGAGAUCCUGACAAGUGGAAAAAAAUUAAGAAAAAGGUGACGGCUGUAUGUUGCAAUUUCCAAGAUGACUGCGAGAUGUUUGUUACCAUGUUGCCAUUCUUGCUACCUUUAACAGACAAAGAACUACUAUUGGCUAAGGGGCUUGUAAAAUAUACUCUGUUUUCGGAUAAUGAUGUUUUAAAACCGUUUGUAAAACAACUAGAAGAAGCCUCUGAUAUCGUGACAUUUGAAAAACUAAUACUUGAAUCUUUGCAAUUAAACAAGUGUGAAGACAUGGUGAAAAAGUUACUUAAGGUAGCUGGAACAUUGCCUGAUGACAAUGGACAUAAAUAUGUGGCAUUUUUGAUCUCAGCUUCAAUGCUACCAGAAGAAUCUUCUUUAGAACUUGGUGCUAGUUUAGUAGAGAUGCUAUAUCAGCAUUGGAAUAAUAGUAGUACCCAUAAGCGGAAUUUUGAAGUUGCAAACAAUUUUGGAACAUAUAUUAAAUUAGCUGAACAGGGAAAACUUCCAGCAACAUCUUACAUAAGAUGCUUAGAAAAUCUUAUUCAGAAGUUGAAAAUUCCUGAUUGGGAAGUGCAUCUUAAAGAUUUCAACGAAAAUAUGCCUCAGAAUGAGUUUUUUGUGCUUUCAACUGAGUUGUUAUUGAAAUAUUCAUUCAAACCCUUGCUGAAACUAUUUUUGGAUCGUUUUUUUAACGGUUGUGUAGACACACAAUUUGUAUACUUUCUGAAUCUCUGUAUUUGUGGAAAUGAGUCGCUCAGCAAGAAUAUAGUAACUAACUGUUUGAAAUUUAUAAAAGUGCAAAUAAAUAAUAUUCCGGAAGAGGAAGAUCUUCUAGCCCUUGACAAACUCACUGUUCCAUUUUUAAUGGCGACUUUGUUGAGCCCAAGUGAGGCUGACAGAAGAACUGUAUUCGAAAUAAUUGAACUUCUGAUUAGCAAGUACAAGGAAAAAGCAUCUCCAUACUACACGUUUUUGGAAUACCUUAUUAAGCAAAAGGAAGAAAUUACUGUGGACCAAGAGCAAACUCCUUUGAUUUUCUUCAACAUUUUCAACUCCAAAUUGAAGAAACACGCAGCUGAUUUGAAAUCGUGUAAAGAACGCUUUUUGGAAAUAGCUUGCGACGAACAGUUUCCAUCGUAUCUUGUAUCGAACAUUUUGAAAAUAUUUUCGAUGGUUAAUAACUUGGAGAUACUGGAAAGACUGGCACCAGUAGGCCUUAAGUUACUCAAGAAGUUCGGUCAGAGUCUGCAUUCAUACAUCGCGAAUAUUUUGGUGCAUAUCGUCAACCGAAUUGAAGCAGACAUACUGAAAAACCUAGAUUCGAAAUCAAACUCCUGGAAGCUUAUAGAAACUUGUAUUAAGGCUGACAAUGUUAUGGUAUGGCAACAAGAUAACGAUAAAGUGUGUUUGUCAACUAUUGCGCUAAAUCAGUUGGAUAAGGAGGUAUUCAAGGUGCUAAAUCCUGAGGACUGCAAGCGUCUCUUAGAUGUAAUAAUCGAGCUCGCAACUGUUGCUCAUCAUCCGGAAGUCCCUCCGACUGUCAGUCGGAUUUUCAAGCAUUUGGAUUUGGAUGCUUCCCAUAUUUUGGACCAGUUGGUCGCUAUGCGGGACGUUCAGUCCUCGAAAACCAGUGAGGUGGCUAAACGGCGCAGGACCAGUGUCAUACCGACUGUUGAUAUUCUGGAUACUAUACAGUGGAAAAAGGGGGUCACUGUUCUGGAGUACAUACAAGACAAGAAGAAAAUUAGAAGCUUUGAAGCAUUACUUCCCGUUCUGUUCGACUUGCUCAAACGGUGUUUGGACUUUGACGAGCAAGCUGCCGUCGAAUACCCCAAACAACUACUUUUGGCCGCCAUUUUGAACUGCUGUCAAAGAAGCGGAAAUGAACUACCCGAAUCGGUGUUCAACGUAGAGUUGGUGGUGCAGUGUAUCAGGGCCUCUCAAAAUCCUCAAACCCAUCACUUUGCGCUGUUACUUUUAGCGCACACGGCACAUUUCGCGCCAAAGCAAGUGUUGCUGCACAUGAUAACCAUAUUUACGUUCAUGGGCUCUUCAGUGCUAAGGCAUGAUGAUUCAUAUAGUUUUCAGGUAAUUUCGAAGAUUAUCGAAACGGUGGUUCCAAUCCUCACUAAAGACAACAAUCCUGAAAGGCUAGGCAGUGUGCUCCGAGUGUUCGUAGAUGCAAUGUUAGAUGUUCCAGAACAUAGAAGGCGUCCACUUUACAAACAAUUAUUAGAGAAGAUUGAUGAAAAGGAGAAUCUGCAUAUUUUCCUUUUGGUCGUUUUUGAGUCUCAGGUUUUACGAAGUGCUCAGGAAAAAAAGUCGGAUUUGGCACAGAAGAGACUCGAUAUGGCUGCUGAUUUGUGCAGACAAUUUCCACCGAAAACCGUAAUUGGAGUUUGUAUCAAGCUGUUGAAGUAUCUGAAAGAUUUACCUGACGAAAAGGAUGAAAACGCAAUGCAGGUUGACAAUACUGAGGGGCACUUUAGUGUCACUACUCGAACUCCGAAGGAUUUCAGACAUUUCAAGUACAUCCUUUUGAAAUUUACAACCAACUUACUGUCCUCCCAGGAAUUUGUUACUCAAGUAGCUACGUUAUCAAAAGAUGAAGAGCUGGAACUAGAAGAUUUAUUCAAAGAGAUUAUUAUAAAUAUUCUGCAAUAUAUUCAAAGAAUAUCUAAAAUUACUGAUAGGUCUGCCAACACUCCCCAGGCACACUACUGGAAGGUGGUGUUGCAUCUGAGCUACGACAUCUUGGAUAGUGUUAAUGCUCUGGUAACGUCCCAGAUGUUCCUUCUGGUUACCAAAGGGCUGAUGGUACAUAACUUAAACACUGUUAGACGUAGGGUAUUUGAGUUGCUCAAUACAAAACUUCAAUAUAACCUGCAAUUUUUCGAAGAUUGUGAUCAGAGUGAGAUUUAUAGUAUCAUGCCACCGUUGAUUUCUAUUGUGGAAUCCUUGAACGAAGAGAUAGACCAAGAGCAAGAGACCAUCGUACAGACAGCACUUUUGUCAUUAAAAUUACUGGUAAAAGCACUAGCAGUCAAGGAACCCGAAAAGUUUGUUCCUAUUUUGGAAUUCAUCACGGACAUUUUGCAGUCUGGCAAAGCACAAAAUAAUGUUCUUGCUUCAGUUUUACUGUGUCUUGCCGAACUAUGCGUGAAUCUUCGAGCUCAUGCUAUUUCUGCUUUGCCCAACUUCAUGCCGACCGUAACCAAAAUUUUGAAAAAGUGUAAACGUGAGGAAACUCCAAGUGUGUUGCUGCGGAGUGCGAUAACGACUGUAGAGAGGAUUUUUGACAGUGUGCCACUGUUUCUUAGCCCGUAUCUCGAAAAAUUAUUAACGGAAAUAUGCCAGCUUGCUGCAAAAUGGGAUGAAGGUGGUGAAGAACAGAAGGUGCAGUCUUUUGUUUCUAAAAUUGUCAUAAUGAAAAAGAAAAUUGGUUCGGUAAUUCCAGCAAGGGUAUUGCUUCCAGCUUUGGAAGAUUGUUAUGAAAAGUUGGCCGCAAAUAAAUCCUACAAGGGCAUUGGCGCUCUCAUGGAUAUACUAGGCGAAAAUCUAGCGUAUUUGCAGAGUGCAGAAUUGAGCUCAACUCUUCCUGAACUCACCAGCUUUUUCUUGAAUGUCUUGAAGUUCAGGGAUGAGAUUGAGGUUAGCCGAGUUGAUGCAAAUGAAGUUGAAAGUCAUGUGGUUCGUGCAUUAUCUGCAUUAAUUUUGAAACUGUCAGAAAGCUCGUUCAGGCCGUUUUACUAUAAAUUGUACGACUGGGCGGUCAGAGGGAAUAUAAGGAGCGAAAGAGCAAUUACUUUUUACAAGUAAGUAACCGAAUAUUUUGCCCUCUCGUGACAUUUAACUUCCCAAGUCUGAUCGUUUUUUUUUAUUUGUUUUAGACUGUCCAGUGGUAUAGCGCAUUCUCUGAAAAGUCUAUUUGUUUUAUUUGCCGGCCAAUUUUUGAAAAAUGCUGCUGAGAUCCUGGACGCCUGCAAUAUAUCUAAAACCCAGGAAAUGUACUUUACUGAAGAAGAGAAGAACAAACUUCUGUUAGAGAAUGUAUUGAGCACUUUAGAUGCAGUCUUUACAUAUGACAAUCAGCAGUUUGUGAACAAAGACAGAUUCAAUAUUUUAAUGCAGCCAUUGGUUGACCAGUUGGAGAAUGCUUUAGGAGGUAUCGACCAACUCGUGACCCGCAAUGAAAAAAUUCUUACACCCUGCAUCGUGCAUUUUGCAUUUGCCACAGCUGACGAUUCUCUGUGGAAGCAAAUGAACUACCAGAUUCUGCUGAAAAUGCGAAGUGGUGAGCCUAAAAUCAGACUGGUGAGCUUGCAUUGUUUGACAGAAGUUGUAAAGAAACUAGGCGAAGAUUUCCUGCCGUUAUUGCCGGAGACUGUACCGUUCUUAGCAGAGUUACUUGAAGAUGAAGAGGAAGGUGUUGAAGCUGCUUCUCAAUCAGCCAUUAGGGAAAUGGAAAAAGUAUUAGGAGAGUCGUUACAAUCAUAUUUUUAAGAUGAUGCAAAGUGAUACAUUUUUAUCAAUAAACGUUUGUUCAUUGUUUUACAUAUUCUUUCUAUAUAGUCA